UUUUCUAACCUAGAAGUAACAUCCCCAGGGAGUUAGAAUUCGUCAUCGGGGGUUAUAUUUCGUUCGAGCAUGUUCCACUAGAAUUUGCGUGAUCUUACUAGACAUUCCUUCAGAAGUGACUUUUAGAAAAACCACGGAUGAUUCAUUCGUUUAAUGGAAUUGAAUUUGAUUUGCUGUAAAUAAUCGCGAAGAGUGUCAAGUGGAAAAAGGAGAAAUAGCAAACAUUUGCAUCAAAUGAUUAAUUCAAAGCUUGCGACGUUGUAACCAAUUGACUACGUAGCCCUUGUUUUGAGUUUAAUGAUUUAGUCCACGCAAACAAGAUGUUUGGCAAAAAGAAGGAACAGAAACGUCGGCCGAGACCAGCCGGAGGCCUGGCUCAGUAUGGAUUAUUCGAAGUACCUGAUAAUCUGGAUGACCUGACUGGUAAUGUAGACAGUGGGGAAGAAAAUGAUGAAGAUUUGGAAGCAGAAUUAGCUGCCUUGACCUCUGGUAAUGGUGCAGCACGCCGGCGCAAAGUGCCACCUAAAUUAGUUCCAACAGCGAAUUUAGAUGCCAUGGUGUCGGAGAGCAUGAAGGACAUUGGUCCCGAUGAGGAAUUAUCUGGAGAUGACGACGAUCCAGCUCUACUGAAUGAGCUGAGAAAGAUUACAGGAGAUGAUUCGGUCACUCCAGAGGAACCCGAACAAGACUUACCAACUCCUGCUCAAGCAGAGGGAGAUAAUGGAGGGGAUACACAAGAGAUGGUCAAGUUAAUACAAGAGAGAUUAAAUUCCUACAAAUUUGCUGAGAAGAAAGCAAAGGCUGAGAACGAGACAGGGCGAGCACGCAGAUUCGGAAGAGGAGUGAAAACUCUAGAAAGUCUCUUGGCCGAUGCUCAUUCAGGAAAAACUGUCGACUCAGGGGAUCUGCCUCCACCUCUACCUCCUUCGGCAACUGCGGUCGAAGGACAGACUUCUGAAUCUAAGCCGGAGGCGACAUUGCCGGAAGCUCCAGCACCAAUUCCAGAAGACCCUGCCUCCGAACCCACUGUGACUAAACCUGUCGACGAAGAGACACUGAAUGCAUUAAAGCAACGUCAACAAGAGUACAAAGUAGCAGCAGUAGCUUGGAAGAAGUUUGGGAACUUGGAAGAAGCUGUCCGUCUUGUUAAGAUUGCAAAGCAGUUCGACAUCGUAAUCGCAGCACUAGAGGCUGGUGAAGCAGUAGACUUGUCUGAUAUGCCAGCAUCUCCUGCAAUGCCUUUGACUACUGUUGCUCCUUCGAGUUCUCCAGCUCCUAUGAAAGAAGAAAGUGAAGUGCAAGAAGCUUCGAGAGAAGAACCACCACCAAUAGCGCCGUUACAGGAUGCGGGAAGUGGUGAUGUGAUCGGCGACGCUUUAAAGGAACGUCUCGAAGUGUACAGACGUACCAAACUAGCCGCAGAGCAAGAAGGAAAUUCCUCGAAGGUUAGGAGGUACGGACGUAUUUGUAGGCAGUUUGAAGACGCCCUGAAACUGCACGCUCGUGGCAAGCCAGUUCCAUUGGAAGAUUUGCCUACACCGCCUGGAUUUCCACCCCUGGGAGUUGGUCCGCAACCUGCACCUGCUGGAGCCCAACCGGCUGAAAAAGUUGAACCCUCUUCGGAACCAACUCCACCUGCUGACCCUACAGUCGAAGUUGAAGACGAGUCUGAAAAGGAUUCCUCGCCUAAAGAAACGAAGCCUACUCCUCCACCUAGAACGAAUCAAAUAAGACGAGGAAAGCAACGACCAACAACGCGUGCUGACAAGCAGGCGAUGUUGCUGCAGCAACGACAGCAGGAAUUAAAGCAGGCUGCACUGAAUGCCAAGAAUGACGGAGACUUGGAUCUGGCGAGGGAUUAUCUCCGACAAGCUAAAGGAAUACAGCCCUUGAUCGAUGCCAGCAAAGGUGGACUGCCCGUCGACAUGAGUUCCAUUCCUUUAUCACCUGCUGCAAAGCUGCAACUCCAACUCCAGGAUUUAGAAUCAAAGCUGCAAGAUGACUUUACCAUGGUAUCGAGCGAUGACUGUACGAUCGAUGAGCAGGGAACGGACCAGCAGAUUUAUGAGAAUCUUGAGGCUCAGUUAAUUAAACAAAUCAAAUGGUGUUUGACUACGAGAGAUCAUUCUAAGGCCUUAGGAGAUGUCCCAGGUUAUAACCGAUGGGAACGUCUCGCCUUGGGAUACACUCGGGACCUGGACAUGCUUCGAGUUCGAAAACGCGACGGCUUGCCAUCUCCACAGCAUCACUACGAAGUGAAAACAUACGCUAUUGUGCAGUCUUCCACGGAAUUGAGCGACUCCGACGUCGAGAUAUCCAUCGUGAGGGGCGUGAAUUACGCCAAGGAAGCGGACACUUACGUUAUCUUCGAGUUUCCAUAUCCUUCGGAGAAUCCUCCUUCGGACAGGACAUCGACAGUGAAGGGGACGAAUAAUCCUGAAUACGAUGCCGUGUUUCCAUUGACGGGAAUAUUGGACCGUACCUCGAGACAAUGUCAGAGGGCUUUCAAGAGGCACGCCCUGAAGUGUCAAGUGUGGGCUAAGGGAUGCUCGCUGAAUCCCAUCCUGUGUUGCACCCAUCCAAGGGGCUUCUUGAGAAGUGACAAUCUGCUUGGCACCGUCACAGUGAAACUGCAGCCCCUGGAAUCGCAGUGCACUCUACAUGACUCUUUUCCACUGAUGGAGGGCAGGAAAGCAGUGGGCGGCAAGUUGGAGGUGAAAGUGCGAUUGCGAAAUCCGAUUCUCACGAAGCAGAUCGAGCAGAUCACCGACAAGUGGCUUAUCAUCGAUCACUGAUAAUUAUCGAAGGAGUGAUCGGUCCUCGUAGGGGAGUCGGCUUCGCGGAUGUCUUUUGUAAGGCUGUAAUUUUUAUUUUUUACUAUGUAUGUAUAUAAGCUUAUGCGCGUCUGCAAUGUUCUCAAUGUGUCUAAUCGAGGUUCGUCCACGAAUCGUUUCUACGAGUUAAACGUGCCUGGAAAAUAAGCAAUGGACUUAGCAAAUAAAUUAUGCAUAAACGCAGAGAUUGUAAAAAGUA